AAUACCUAUCGCAGUCGUUUGAGAAUCGUCCAGCGAGCCGGUUGUUGAUUGUUCCUAUUGUAGAGUAACAAGCUUAAUCAAAAUGAAAUUGAAAAGUGCUCUGCACUUUUUGCUCUUGAGCCUGGUGGCAUUUCAGCAACUGGACUUCGGUGCUAGCUCCCGCAUUCUGGCAGCCUUCUUUUUCCCUGGAAAAAGCCACUUUAUGAUGACCAAUGCCAUUAUCCGGGAGCUGGUAAAACAAGGGCAUGAAGUUACUUUCAUCACUCCCUUUUCCUUGUCUAAAGAAAAACUGGGCACAAACUACAGGGAAAUUGUGAUUCCACAAUACGAUUUUUGGCCAGAGAUUAAGGAGAUGAGCAAUAAAAACAGCAUUCUGGAGAUGACUGAUUUGCCGAAUUUCACCUUCCUGCGGAUGGUUAAUGUGAUGGGUGCGCACAGCACGGACUUUGCGUUCGAGCAGCCAGAAAUUCAGGCCGUAAUCAAUGAUAAAAAUAAGGUCGGCAAAUAUGAUCUGCUGUUGGCAGAACAGUUCUACAACGAAGGCGCCCUCAUUCUGGGGUAUCUGUACCAGAUUCCCAUCAUUACCGUCUCGACAUUCGGCCAUGCCAACUACCUUAGCCAGCUAUUUGGAAUAGUGUCUCCCUGGUCGUACGUACCGCAUGCAUAUAUGCCGUACACAGAUCGCAUGACACUGUGGGAGCGAAUCGGAAAUGUGGCCAUUAGUGCCGCCGAGGAUCUUAGCAGGGAGUUCUCCUACUACCCCAACCAGGAUGCCGUCCUUAGGAAACACUUCUCCAAACUUCUCGAUAGGGUUCCAACCGUAAAGGAACUUGAGCGGAAUAUCUCGGCUAUUCUGUUGAACACCUACAUGCCGCUUUCUUCGGCCAGACCCUUGUCCUAUAAUAUGAUCUCAGUGGGAGGGCUGCAUAUUCAGCCCCCAAAGGCGCUGCCAGAGCACCUCCAGAACUUCCUGGAUGGAGCCACACAUGGAGCUAUUUAUUUCAGCUUAGGCUCACAGGUGCGUAGUGCCGAUCUCCCGCCGGAAAAGCUUAAGAUUUUCCUAGAGGUCUUUGGCAGUCUAAAGCAGCGAGUUCUUUGGAAGUUCGAGGAUGAAACUCUGCCUAAUCUGCCGGCCAAUGUGAAGGUGCAGAGUUGGAUGCCUCAGACCGACAUUUUGGCACAUCCGAAUGUCAAGGUGUUCAUUGCACAUGGUGGACUCUUUGGAACCCAGGAGGCGGUGUACAAUGGAAUUCCGAUACUAGGAAUGCCCGUCUACUGUGACCAGCAUAUGAACAUCAAUCAGGGCAAGAAGGCGGGAUAUGCCCUGGGUCUGGAUUACCGGACAGUAACGGUGGAAGAGCUUCGGGGAAUGCUGCUGGAACUGAUUGAGAAUCCCAAGUUCAGGAACAACAUGAGGAAGGCUUCACGGAUAUUUCGCGAUCGACCGCAAAGUGCUAUGGACACGGCCAUGUACUGGAUUAACUAUGUGAUCGAGCACAAAGGAGCUCCCCACCUUGUGUCCGCCGGCGUGCAGCUUCCCUGGUACCAGUUCUACCUGCUGGACAUUGUUGCGUUGGCUGUGGCUCUCGUUCUCCUGCCAAUUCUGGUUCUUUUCUACAUCUGCCGAAGAAGUUCCAAAUCAAAGAGCUCUCCAAGGAAGAAGACCAAGAGGAAUUAGAACCAAAACUUGUGUUUUAUUUUUGUUAACAAAAGAGGAUACAAUUAUGUUAGAUAGAUUUCUGCAAUAAAUUUUGGAUAAUUUCGUAA